GAAAGUUCGCGCGGCGGGGGACGGCCGGGGGGCACUCGAGGGGAGGAGGAUGAAGAGGAAGAGGAAGGAUGAAGAGGAAGGCGCCUCUCAGGAGCUGGAGAGGCCGAUGCCCACCGCGGGGAGCUGCACCUCCCUCGGCGCCAGCGGGCGGGGAGCCGGGAGGAGGCGGGAUCGGGGAUGCGGGAUGCGGGAUGCGGGAUGCGGGAUGCGGGAUGCGGGGGGCGUCGCCCCAGGCGCUUUAAAGGCCGGCGGGCGGCGGGGGCGGCGCGGCGGCGGCAUGAGCGAGGUGAAGGUGGCCGUGCUGGGCGGCAGCGGAGCCGGCAAGUCGGCGCUGGCGGUGCGGUUCCUGACGCGGCGCUUCAUCGGCGAGUACGCGUCCAGCGCCGAAUGCAUCUACACGAAACACUUGUGCCUGGAUGGGAGGCAGAUACACCUGGAAAUUUAUGACCCUUGUUCACAGCCCCAGCAGGGGAAGCUCUCCCUGACAGAUGAGCUCCACUGGGCUGAUGGCUUUAUCAUUGUUUAUGACAUCAGCGACAGAGCAUCAUUUGCCUUUGCAAAAGCACUGCUCUACAGGAUCCGAGAGUCUCACAUAGGAGUUUGUAAAAAAAUGGUCGAGUCAUCAAUAUUUUUGGUUGGCAAUAAACAGGAUCUAUGCCACAUGAGGGAGGUUGGCUGGGACGAAGGACAGAAGCUGGCAAUAGAUAACAAGUGCCAAUUCUGUGAACUGUCUGCAGCAGAGCAUUAUCAGGAAGUUGUGGCCAUGUUCACCAAGGUGCUGAGGAGCAUCACUGCCAAUUUCAAAGUGAAGGAAAAGAGACGACUGAGCGGUUCCAAGUCAAUGGCCAAGUUAAUCAACAAUAUGUUUGGGAAGAGAAGGAAAUCUGUGUAAGAGAUGGUUAGUCUUGAAGUUGGAACUUCAAGCUGAAAUAAUGGAGCUGAGCUCUUGGGAUUCACUGAAUUUCCUCCCAAGGUUAAUAUGUGGAGGAGUAAGACAGUAGAAACCAAAGGUGGGAGAUAGUAUGGUCUAGACCUAGAAGACCUGACCUUGUAUUUCAGUUCUUCUGCAGAUUUACUGUAUAGGGCAGUGCCAUUUAAACUGUAAGCUGCUCCAGGGAAGAGGUUUAGUCUGUAUUUAUUCAACACCAACAUGGUCUUGGAUAGAGCUUCUAGGUGAAACUGAGGUAUAAACAGUCAUUUCACAGACUCACUUCUAUUGGAAAGUACCCUUAAGUCAUCAAAUCCAGCCAUUAAGCAAACACUACCAAGUCUGCCACUAAACCAUGCCCCUAAAGUGCCACCCACAAAAUAUCCAGUAAACUCAGCAUUGCUGAUCAAAAUCUUACUUCAGAAUUCUAGUUUAUUUGUGUGUGUGCAAGAGCAUUUGCACUAAAGAAAAACAAAAGUACUGCAGCUUCAUGUGGUAAUGUGUUUGUAUUUAACUCAGGUCCUUGUGUGCCUUACACUUGCUGAAAUUAAUAUGAAUUAAAUGCUUAGACACAAAGUCUACAAAAGGUAUUUACCUGCAAAGCUGCCUUGUAGAGGCACCAGAAGUAGGGAAGCAGAUACUGAAACAGGAGGCAAUAGUGCUUUAUGUAUCUCUUUUUUUUUAUUCCAGGAGUGAUGAGAGAAAGUAGAGAGGGUUGAGGAGUGUGGGAGCUGAAAUGUUAGUGAAAUGUUAAUCAGUGAGCACUGGUUUGGCAAGGUUAUUGUUGAGUGAAAGAAUUUUACAGCAAGGGCCAGCAUAAGGCUUGGGCUGAUCCCUUCCACAGAGCAGCUUUUUUAAGCUUUAACAAAAGCUUCAUUAGCUGCAAGAUGGGUGUGACUGCGCAAUCUCAGAUGGCAGCAGAAGCUUGGAAGGCACAUGGACUGGUAAAGAGCACAAGUUCUUUAGGAUGUCUGCCUGGAUCUAAAGGUCAGCCUGCUGGUAAGACCUGUGCUCACAGAGAGUGUUUUUCCUAAUAACCAAUGUCCUUACAACUACUCAUCGCUGUGGUGUUGAAAUGCCACAGAGAGAACACUGAGUACUGCCAGCUACACUUUUCAGAUGUGGAUAUUAAACAUCAGAUGGGUUUAAAUAUGUUGUCAGCUGACAUUCAGAGCUCUUACACUAGACAGCUAAAUAAGGGCUUAGCCCAGCGUGUUUGCAAGUGCUGUGCUCAUACAGAAAUUCUGAAAGGGAAGUGAUCUGAAGAUGAAUUGCUGCCCCCUACCCACUCCAGGGGACAGCUGGGAUUCAGUCUUUGUAGGAUGCUGAGUUGAAGCCUACCUCUGCUCUGAAAUUUUACCUGCAGUAAAACUAGAAAGUUUCAGAUCAUUUUAUUUUACUUUCAGUUUUUGAGUGUUCACCCAUAAGACAAUAUAAAAAGGUUAUGUAUAAUCUUAGCAGCAAGGUUAUAAAAUAGUACUAAAGCACAUUUUAUUGUGUUGACCAAAGAUCACAUUUUUUUAAAGCAAAAGAUACUCUUUAUUUCACUUGUUAUAAGGCUACAAAUAUUGGAACAUAGUUCUCAGUUGACAGGCACAGAGCUGCUUUGUUUUUCUGCAGAUGCUGCUCUGCCAUAUCAAGAGCAUUGUAUUUUAAGUAUAUUUUAAGGUCAAUAUCUACGAGACCGAACGUGCAGAUUUCUCACGUACACCCUUCAGCUUCCCAGCCCACACAGGAUUCCAGAACUACUAACAGACAUUUGUAGGUUUACCUUACUCUAGCAUUGCCAAAUUCCAGAACUCUUAUUUGUAUUUACUGCUCUGGUAUUAAAUAAAUGGGAUGUAAGAUGGAUGUA